AUGGCCUCCCAGGCGUAUCAUCGGGUCAACACCCAUGAUGAGGAUGACAAUGGCCAACUUGAAGCCUUUCCAGAUGCCCCGAAUCUGACCGCUCCCAUUCCUACCUCGCCUCCGCCUUCUUUCCACUCUCGAUCACCUUCACCCUCCUCGCAUCGCCUCCUUCACGAUGAUCCUUUACGCGACGGCCCUGAUAAUGCACUGGAGGAUGCUUUUGAUGACGGCAACGGCUCAGAUGAUGACGAUGAGGCCGACGAUCGGCAGCGCUUAAUGAGAGGAGACCCGACUGCAGCCAAUACGGGAACUGUUAUAUCACCAGAGUCUAAUGCUGAAGACUCUCAACCCUCUGCAACACAAAGAAGAUAUACUAUGCUACCAACUUUCUCGUCACCGGCAAACUCGCGAUUAGUAGGGACAGGCUCGUCGAAUGAUGGUGUGUUUGCCAACCUGAAUGCCAAACCCGAGAGAGCUGAGAAGCAUCAAGAAGACCUGCCUCCAACUUAUGAACAAGCGGCUGCUGAUGCCACGCCUCCUUACUGGGAGACGACUAUAAUGGCCCCGGGGAUGUCGUCGGACGAAGUUUAUGUGGAUGGCCUACCGGUCGGCUCUGUCUUCUCCUUUGCUUGGAAUGGCAUGAUUUCAAUGUCAUUCCAGCUCGUUGGAUUCCUUCUCACAUAUCUCCUUCACACGACCCACGCGGCCAAAAAUGGCAGCAAGGCCGGCCUUGGCCUUACUCUUGUACAAUAUGGCUUUUAUAUGAAGGGCAGCAGCACCUCGACCCCAGAUAGCGACACAGACUCUUAUACCUCCCCGCCAGAUCCCAAUAGUCACGACUUUGACCCCAAUUCUAUCGGCGACAAUACCGGUGGGGGCCAAGGCCAAGGAGGAGGAGGUAGUGCCGUCUCUACGAUUACAACCAGUGAAUGGAUAUCAUAUAUCUUGAUGAUUGUUGGAUGGUUUAUCUUGAUUCGAUCUGUCAGCGACUUCCUUCGAGCGCGUAAACAUGAACAGCUCGUUCUGCAGAGCCCAGACCGAGGCCUCGGUGUGCCUGUCAUUGCUGAAGGCGAGACUUCGGAGAAUGUUGUUUAA